UAUAAAGGCCGUUCUUAUUUAUUUUUCACUAUUCCUGGGUAGAAUGAGUAUCAUGACGUCAGCUGUCGUGGUACUAGUGUUGCUGGUUGCUCAUGGUAUUGCAGACCAAAAUCGGGACGAAGACAAUCAGAGAGUUAUCGGAAAAAGAGAAGCCAGAAUCGCCCUGAAUGAAUUGAGAAAAAGACAUGUAUCACACGUGUUGAAGAGGGCAACUGAAUUUGAAACAACUGAAGAAGAGAAAGAAAUUGAUCUUGAUUUCAUAGAGCGUGCGUUAGAGCGAUAUGAAGAAAGACUACGCAGCACUGAAACAAUUGAAGCUGAUAAUCAUGUAGCUACUGGCGGGGAAAAACUCAUUCAGGAAGCACUGACGGGUAAUGUUGAUCCCAACUCUGACGUGGUCAAUCUACUGGAGAGCAUGUUUGUUAAUGAGGGUUCCAGACACAACCAACACCCGAUAGGUAUCGAUCAGAUUGCUGCAAAAAAAGGAAAGGUAUAUGGUGACACCCACGAUGGUCAUCGCUUCACUCAAACACAAAGUGAGGGGAUGGAACAGACGGGUGAUGGAAGAAAGAGGAAUUUCCUGCAGACUGCGCCACUCUGGUCGGAUUUAAUCAUCCCUUACACCAUUGACAGCAGCCUGGCGAAUACUCCGAGUUAUGUUGACGUCAUAGAUAAAGCCAUUAAACAAUUUUCCGACUACACCUGUUUGAAAUGGGUCCCUUACGGCUCGGACGAAGCCAACAAAACGUCUUAUUCAAGCUACAUCGAGUUUUUUUCGGAAAGUGGCUGUUGGUCCUACGUUGGUAGAGUAUUUUCAGACAAACAACAGAUAAGCUUACAAGCUCCAGGUUGUGUAACUCUGUCUACAACUGUCCAUGAGAUGACGCAUGCUAUCGGUCAAAUGCACGAACAAUCCCGGAAUGACCGUGAUAACUACGUCACUAUGUUAUGGAGCAACAUUAAUGGAGGGACAGGCAACUACAACAUGGCAAAGUCGCAGACCUUUGACAGAAACCCAUACGACUAUGAGUCCGUGCUCCAGUAUAGCUUAACGUCUUUUUCUACUAAUGGACAACCUACCAUUGAGUUCAAAGACCAGAGACUGGAUUUCCUUGCUGACUCGGCCACAGGGUUGAUGUUUUACGAUAUCAAGGACAUCACUGAUGGCUAUGACUGCACAACAUCCUGCCUGGGCGCCGACGGAACCACCCCUCUGAAGCAGUGUCAGAACGGGGGCUUUGUACUUCACACCUGUAAUUGUCACUGCCCUGAAGGACUCACGGGAGAUCUUUGUGAAUCCGUCGCUACUGAUCCAGAAUGUGGCACAGGAAUAAUAGAUUUAGCUGACGGAGAAUCCAGGACUAUAACCUCACCAAACUUCAGCAAUGGUGGUCCCUACCCAACAGGCAAAGAGUGUGUCUGGCUGGUGAAGGUCAACAAUGGGAGACUUGUUGAAAUGACUAUAGAGGAGAUGGACCUUACAACCGCAAAUUCAGCGUGCGAUCAUUGGCUAGAGAUACGGUACAACCUGAUUGGACAAACUGGCCCUAGACGCUGUGGUCAAGUAAGCAGCGAAACAUAUUAUACAACAAUGUCUGGAAACCCUAGCAUGAUGCUACUCAAGUUUGACAGUGCAUUUGCAUCCUCUGCCACGGCUGGAAAAGGCUUCAAUUUGACAGUUAAAUCUGCAUAUCAAGGCUGUGCUGCUGAGCCCUGUAUGUACGGUUCGUGUACUCCUGUUGAUAACGAUAACUACAUCUGUUCCUGUAUGAGCGGAUUUUCUGGAACACACUGUGAAACCUAUACAAAUAAUGAUGCUGUUGGCUGUGAUUUUGAGGGAUUGAAUUGUCUUUUUGAUAACUCUGUGACAAGUACCUACGUUUGGCGUACACAUACGGGCAGCACUCCGUCUAGCAGUACUGGUCCUUCAAGUGCCAAAAGUGGAAACACGUAUUUGUAUGCCGAGGCGUCAUCACCGGCUGUGCAAGGAGAUAGUUUCAUAUUUGAAACACCGAGUGUUUUAGCCGGUCCAAAAUGUUUGACCUUUUGGUAUCACAUGUAUGGAGGUUCAAUUGGCUCCUUACACGUGAAAGUUAAUGGGACUGAGCUUUGGAGUAGAUCCGGGGACCAAGGCGAUGUAUGGCUCAGUGCCGAAGUAAAUGUAUCGACAACUGCACAGAAUUAUAAGCUAACGUUUGAGGCAAUCAGAGGUAGCAGUUGGAAUGGUGACGUAGCGAUUGAUGACAUCAUUCUUACAUCUGCUGCUUGUAAUAUUCAAGUAUCAACAACAUCAACAUCAACAACACAGUCUUCAACUGCUGCUUCCACGACAACACAGUCUUCAACUACACAGUCAACAACCACUGUUGCCACUACUACUCACGAUCAAUAUCAUAACCAGGAACUACAUUGUACUUUUGAAACUGGCACAUCGUGUUUCCUGAAUGAUAUACAAGGGGAUGAUUUUGAUUGGUCGACUAGACAAGGUUCAACACCGUCUUCAAGCACAGGUCCGACGUCAGCUUACGAAGGACAAACAUAUUCUUACAUCGAAACAUCGUCACCAAGAACUAAUGGCGAUGUAGCCAUUCUACAGGGGCCUAGUAUCACUACAAGUAGAACGUUUUGUCUUUCGUUUGCUUACCAUAUGUAUGGCUCAAACAUUGACUCUCUCUUUGUGAAUCUGGCAUCUCCUAAUGGCAACCAGACUUUAUUCAGCAGAAAUGGUGAUGCAGGAGACAGUUGGUUUGUCACAUCCAUUUCCAUUCCGGCUACGAACGGAGAGAUUCAGUUUAUUGGUGUCCGAGGAAGUAGUUUUCGUGGGGACAUUGCCAUUGACGAUGUUCAUUUUUUGGAUGGCGAAUGCAGCACAACUAGUCAAGUAUCAACAACAUCAACAACACAGUCUUCAACUGUUGCUUCCACGACAACACAGUCUUCAACUUCACAGUCAACAACCACUGUUGCCACUACUACUCAAGAUCAAUAUCAUAACCAGGAACUACAUUGUACUUUUGAAACUGGCACAUCGUGUUUCCUGAAUGAUAUACAAGGGGAUGAUUUUGAUUGGUCGACUAGACAAGGUUCAACACCGUCUUCAAGCACAGGUCCGACGUCAGCUUACGAAGGACAAACAUAUUCUUACAUCGAAACAUCGUCACCAAGAACUAAUGGCGAUGUAGCCAUUCUACAGGGGCCUAGUAUCACUACAAGUAGAACGUUUUGUCUUUCGUUUGCUUACCAUAUGUAUGGCUCCAACAUUGACUCUCUCUUUGUGAAUCUGGCAUCUCCUAAUGGCAACCAGACUUUAUUCAGCAGAAAUGGUGAUGCAGGAGACAGUUGGUUUGUCACAUCCAUUUCCAUUCCGGCUUCAAACGGAGAGAUUCAGUUUAUUGGUGUCCGAGGAAGUAGUUAUCGUGGGGACAUUGCCAUUGACGAUGUUCAUUUUUUGGAUGGCGAAUGCAGCACCACUUCAACAACCACUGCUGCCACUACUCCUUAUUAUAACCAGGAACUUCAUUGUACUUUUGAAAAUGACACAUUGUGCUUCCUGAAUGAUAUACAAGGGGAUGAUUUUGAUUGGUCGACUAGACAAGGUUCAACGCCGUCUUCCGACACAGGUCCGUCGUCGGCUUACGAAGGAGAAACAUAUUCUUACAUCGAAACAUCGUCACCAAGAACAGAAGGCGAUGUAGCCAUUCUGCAGGGCCCAAGUAUCACUACAAGUAGAACUUUCUGCCUUUCGUUUGCUUACCAUAUGUAUGGCUCCAGCAUUGGAUCUCUUUAUGUGAAUUUAACAUCUACCAAUGGAAGCCAGACUUUAUUCAGCCAAAAUGAUAAUACAGGAGACAGUUGGUUUGUCACAUCCAUUUCCAUUCCUGCUUCAAACGGAGAGAUUCAGUUUAUUGGUGUCCGAGGAAAUAGUUAUAGAGGGGACAUCGCCAUUGAUGAUGUCCAGUUUUUGGAUGGUGUUUGCAGUACUGCUAUUCCCAUCACAACCCCGUCACCCAAUACACUCCCUCUUAACUGCACUUUUGAAGACACAACUGCCUGUUUCCUGAAAGAUGUUGUAGGAUCUGACGACUUUGAUUGGACCAUAAGAAGUUCCUCUACACCAACCAGUGGAACUGGUCCUACCAGUGCGGCUGAAGGAACCAAAUAUGCGUAUAUUGAAACUUCCGGGAAACAAUUAGGUUCAAAGGCUAUUCUGGAAGGUUCUGUUUCAGUUCCGGCGGCAGAUUCUCCAAUAUGCUUGACAUUUGAUUACCACAUGUAUGGAGCAAGCACUGGCACUCUGGAAGUGAGUUUUGACGACAUGAUUUACUUUUAUGAAAGUGGUGACAAAGGAAAUCAGUGGAACAAAGCCAAACUUAUUCUACAUAAGUGUCCAGGAAAUUCAGAUGUUUCAAAGAUAACGUUCAUUGGUACCCGAGGAUCCAGUUACAAAGGCGACAUUGCAAUUGAUAACGUACAGCUUACAGAUGGUCUAUGUGGUAACCUGAACACCUGAUUCUUGGAAAAGCGAAAAACUGCGUAGCUUAUGUUCAAUUAUGGAAAACAAUGUGUUUGUGGUAUACACUUUUGUAAUCUUCACAUAAAUUUAUGUAUUCCUUUACAAUAAAAUAUAUAUCAUGCAA